CAACGUCAUCAACUCCAGUGUUAACUUGUCACUAUCAAUUAAUAUCAGACAAUUAUAACGCUAAUACAUUCACAAUGUCGAGUAUUUCAAAAUGUGAAGGGAUGUAGCACCGAUGGCAGUACAUUUAGUCAACUAAUGAUACAAAAACCGAAACGAGUAUUCUAAAUUCUCGUAUUCAUUAUCACCAAACAUCCUCAAUGUUCUAUGUUUGGAUUCUGAAGAAUUCAGUAGAAUACUACUGGUUCCUUUGAUCAUAUCUCUCAAAUUCACAUUGAUUUAUCAGUUAGCCUCUCCGAACUAUCUUAAAUGAGACGAAGAGAGAGCGAGCGAGCGAGCGAGAGAGAGAGAGUAGAUUUCACCUAAAACAGACAUGAAUAUGAUGAGUUAGCAGAAACUAAGUUCAGUGAAAGUUUAUAUUCUGAAUAGAAUUGAUGGUUCAGUGAACCAAUUAAAACUACCUUUUACUGAUGAAUCUACAUACUCAAAAUUGUUGCUUUGUUUACUGCACGAUGCGAACGUUAGUAGCAGUAAUCAAUUAAAUGUAUAUAUUGUCUCCUAAAUUGUGAAAGUUACACAUUCAUACAUUCGAAGUAUUAUCAGAUAUUAAUUCAAAUAUAUUGGUUGUUUGUAUCUUCCCAUUAAUGUUUAGGACUGCAAUUGAUCAAUCUGUUUUGUGAUAUGUGCACGUGUGAGGAUUGUCUUGAUAUUGCUAGUAGGCUACAAUCAUUUUAAGCAGAGACGGAUGACGGUUAUCUGUUGAAUCCAGGACAUAAGUUUUGUCCUAUCUGGGUUACAUCAACUGGAUGAAACUGCACCUCAGAGUUUGUUUAAAAUAUCAUCAGAUAAUUAUGAACUUACUGUGAACGCUGUAAAUAUAAUGUCGCGCAUUCCUAACAUUAUGAUCACAUCUCACUAAUUUACAAAAUGUUUCGGUUUUACAAUACAAAAAGUGAAUGAACAUCCUGCAAUUUGUUGAAUUUGAUAAAUCAGACAGGAUUUUCUGAAAAACUAAUUAAUUGUUUCGUUGUUUAACGAACAAGUAUCCAAGUUGUAUUUAUUGAACUAGCCUAGGAACUUAUAAACAUAUGAUUUAAUCGAAUUAGGUAUUAUCUAAAAAAAAUGUUCGGAAAUAUAAACAUUAGGUAUAUCAACUGACUUACACGUUUAUCACUAAUAGUCAAUAUAUAAAUUAUUAGUUGUCUAAUACACAGUAAUUUGUUUACAGCGGCUAAUGGUACCUCACAUCUUCGUAAGUUGUUUCCCACUCAUUUACUCUCUCUGUCUGUCUGUCUCCAUCCGUGUUAUUGUCUAAUAUGGCGUGAUUCCUACUUAGUCAAUUAUAAUAUAAAAGCUUAAGCAUGAUAAUUUUAUUAGACAUUAAAUAUUUAUUGAUAAACUUAUACUGUAAUAUGAAAUUCAUCUUAGUUUUAAGCUUAUUAGUCCUUGUCACAUUAGUUUUUGUUGAAGCAAGACCUGAAGAAAAUAAAGAAUUUCUACUGCGAAAAAUGCUAUCGGAUACUACUGAUAAACUCAAAGUGUUAACAUUAAAACACUUAACAAUAGUUCGUAAUAAAGUUAAAAAUUAUUUCAAAGAAGAUGGUUUAGGUGAGAAAAUAGCAGAAGUUUUAGUUAUUUAUUAUGGACAAAUGCCAAUAUAAAACUACUUAUGAUGAAAAGUGCAUACAUACCAUAUCUGAGGACACGGAAGGUCACCAUGAAAUCCCUAUUUAAUGCGGACUUCGAUUCGUUUCCAAUUGUAUCACAUUCGCGUUCUCGUAAAGCAAAAUGAAAUUGGCCAUUUUGUUGAUCUGGGUAUACUGUAUCUUUAUCUCCGCAGCAAACAUUAAUGAUACAGCGGUACCUCAUGAAGAGAAGGUAAAUGAAUACGAAUUGGAGCGUGGGAUGAAACCAGUUCUCUGUACAUUACGACAAGCAAUGAUGAAUGGGAUGGGUAAAAUUUUGAAAACGUAUGAUACUUACUCAAGAAAGGAUGAUUUAGAUAAGAAACUUCUUGAAGUUGCCAAAAUCAUUGGUCGACGUAUGGAGAAACGAUUUGAUUAUUUAGCAAUGAAAUUGAAAGAAAUGUUGAUAUAUGAGACUUCAUAAUCGUGUGAUACUUUGUUCGUCUACUAUUAGAUUUUACAUUUACCUUUUUUCAUAUGUAAUGUGUGAUUGUUUUCCACAUUUCUUAUAUUCAUCCUUUUUCAUUUGUUAGUGAACUGUGUAAUAUUAGCAUUGGAUUUUAUAGCGCUUUCUGUUGAAUUUUCAAUAAAUCUUAUUGAGAUGGCUCAUGAUAAAAAAAUACAAAAACAUUAUAUUCAAG